AAUACAUAAUUUCUUCCUUCUAUUAUCUCUCUUACUAAAACCCGCGAAACAUCGAAGUUUUAAGAAUUUCUAUAAACUGCAAUAAGAUCAAGCAUGUAGAACAAUGUAAUGGCGAUGAGCCGUUACAGGGGGGACCCAUUUAGAUUUCGGUCUAACUUUAUCAGUUCGUAGAGCACACUUUGAAACAUAUAUCCUCAGCUUUUCUCGGCUUGCAGUCAUUAUCUAAUUGAGAAAAAAAUUAAUUACUUAUUAUCAUGCCCCCUUUUAUUUUAAAUUUCACAAUCUUAUUAUAUAAACGGCAACGUUAACAAGAAAAUUGAAAUACUAUUUCAAUUUUCUUGUUAACGUUUGUUGUAACGAGAAAAAGUAUCUAAGUGCAUGAAUGAUAAUGCGCAAUAUUCUUGUAUUCAUCACAUAGAAUUGUAUUGCUCAUUGAAUGUUGAUCGAGCUACAUAUGAAUGACCGUACAAUCUUAUUUCUUUAUUAAGAUUUUGUAACCCAGCUCAGGCUUCUUGCUGUUGUUCAACACUUACAAGUGAAAAUGUAUGAAAUAGUUCUUGAGCCGAUUUUGAUGAGUAUUCAGAUAACGUUUUUCCCUUUUGAGUCAAAAUGAAGAUAUACAGGUACAAAACGAAGUAAACGUGCAUAGAUGUUUGGUAAUUACGAGCACAAAAGGUGCUCGUCCAAAAGUCAUCGUAGUCGAAUAACGAAAAUGAAAAAUCAUACGAUCAGACGAAAGAAAAAUGUAAGCGUAUCUGUGAUGAACUAUAAUUUCUCGUUUCUUGCUUAUACAGGGUAGGAUUGCCAUUUAGGGUGAUUUCUCCGGUGUAACUAAGCAACAAAAGAGAACUAUACUUACUCAAAGUUCACUCAGAAAAGCAGGCGAUGCCUACUUAUAUACUCUAAAAAGAUUUUAUGUAUUAGUGGUAAUGAAUAUUAUUUUAUUUUGUGGGAGCUCGAACUCGGAAUAUGCAUUCCUCAAUUGGAUUGGAUGUUUCUGUCAAGAACAAUGUGUUAGCCGUGGGAUAAAGACAUUAAAGUUUAAACCAGAUGAAUUACAUGCAAAUUCCGUAAGAAAGAUAUUUUGUUACGUGUAUCGAAAUACUGAGAUGAAAGCCCUUUGAAUUAAUUGCUUUAUUUCUGUCUGUUUUAUAGCUUAAAUCAAAUGUAAAAUCAGUUGAAUCACUUCGUAAUAUGUAUAAAUCAUUGGAUACUAAUAUUCGUUCACUUGAAAAGAAAACUAAAGAACGUGGUCGAGACGAUGAAAACAAGGACGUGAAGGAAACGCGGUCAAAGUUUGACUUACACUUGAAUGUUACGGUUGAUAAUUUUUUUACAAGUGUUUCACUAGCUAAAGAACUUCACAAGGAGAAAAUUACUAUUGUGGGAACAUUACGAAAAAAUAAACCGGAAAUUCCUGUGGAAUUCCAAUCAAACACAAGCCGCAAAGUUGACGAAGUGACUGGGAAACCAAAUAUUGUUUUAGAUUACAAUAAAACAAAAGGAGCUGUGAACACCGUGGACCAAAUGUGUCGUAAAUAUACAGUGAAAAGGGGUACGAAGCGAUGGCCACUUUGCAUUUUUUAUGGAAUGAUCGACAUUGCCGCUAUAAAUGCUUUAAUCAUAUGGAAAGAGAAGAAUGCCAACUGGAAUGAAAACAAAAGAUAUAAACGUCGCUUAUUCCUUGAGGAGUUAGGGAUGGGUUUGGUCUCAUCUCUUCUGGAUCAUCGCUCAAGAACCUCAAAAAACUUACACACAGACAUUCGAAAUGCAUUAGCUGUCGUGGGCUACCCUGCGGUGGAGGAAGAGACACACGAAGCAAAUGAAAAUUCUGCUCAACGUAAACGAAAACGGUGUUCAACUUGCGAUAAUUCUAAAGAUAGAAAAACUUCAAAUAAUAUUAAACGUUUAUUAGGUGUAGAUAUGCUGACGAUAAAACAAUAUUGUUCAAAAGAUCAUUUGAAAUGUGUCAAUACGAUAUAUUCCAAUCGAGAAUAUGAUUUAAAUAGUUUAACAGGUUAA